UGCUCGUCGUUCACUCGAGUUACUGGAGUUCCAGUUAGGCUACAGCGACCUACCCCAAACGUUCUAGUGGAUACAAGUUCGAAGACAGUCGGAACUUUGCUUUCGACUCAACCAGUGCUCAAAGAAUCUUUUCGACUCUACAAACCCCCCACACAAUCUCAACAUGCACUCGCCAGCAUCCCCCUCCCAGCCGAGGAAGGCCAGCGAACAACGUCGUACCACCAAGCCCAUCAUGGAGAAAAGGCGCCGGGCCAGAAUCAACAACUCGCUCAACGAGUUGAAAAACCUCAUCUUGGAUUACAACAAGAGCAAAGACACGGCCAGGCACAAUAAGCUCGAGAAGGCCGACAUCCUCGAGAUGGCCGUCCGUCACGUUCAGAUGCUCCAUCGGCAGACGUCCGUUCAACGUGCCGCUGUUGAUCCCAACGUCAGCGACAAGUUCCGCGCCGGAUACAUGGAGUGCGCAAAAGAAGUGUCCCGUUACCUCUCCCGAUCCGAGUCUGUUGACGGUUCGGUUCGUCAGUGCCUCCUCAGCCACCUCAGCCAGACGUCACCGGUUGCCGGGCGAACGAGUCCCAUGGAGACCGCCACCCCCACCGCGAUGACUGCUGUCACCGUGGCCGCGCAAAAGUACUUCGGCAAUCCUCAGGUUCAACUAGUUCCUACCAGACUGCCCUCUGGGGAGAUCGCUCUCGUCGUACCGAAGAACGGAAGCGACAUCUCAGUCAACUGCAACACCCUCAACGUUCUCGGAUCGUCGGGAAUCCUCUCGCCGGCAGCGUCAGAACGAUCAGUUACUUCACCGAUGCCUCUCCUUACCUCGGUGCUCGUUCAGACGCCCCCACCCCCACCCAUGGACCUGGUCGCAGGCGGUGACGGUCCCGUUUGGAGACCCUGGUGAAACGCAUCAACGUUUCACGAUCUCGCUCGCUGUGAUAGUUGAUGAACGGAGCUUCGCCGAGGGUUUCAUCAUGCCACUAGUUCAAGAUAAACGAUAAUCGACGCACAGAGUAUCAAAAAACGUACAACAGACAACCGACCAUAUAAAUGUAUAUUUUAUUAGCGGCAGUAUUCCGCAAGCCGACAAAGAAAAAAGAAAAAUCCCUACCCACACCGAAA